AUAAUUCGCCACUUCUCAAUUCUCAUUAAGCUCAGCUCAGCUACUAAUCGAUGAGCUCGGGACCAUCACUUCGCUGGUAGCUCAGCUGAUUCGAUCGAUCAGCCAUGGCGGGGGAGAGGAGGUGGAGCACGGCGGCGGCGGCGGCUGGAUGGCUGCGAGUGGCCGCCGUUGUGGUGGCCGCCGCCUCUGCCGCCUCGUCGGCGGCCGGCGAGGGGGUCGGCCGGCAGACGGUCCCGGCGAUGUACGUGUUCGGCGACUCGCUGGUGGACGUCGGCAACAACGACUUCCUGCCGCCGCCGGCGCCGAGGCCGCCGGAGCCACCCUGCGGCAUCGACCUCCCGCCCGAGGCCGCCGCCGCCGACGGCGGCGGCGGUGGCCGCUUCACCAACGGCUUCAACCUCGCCGACGUCAUCGCGCAGCAUGUGGGGUUCAAGAAGAGCCCGCCGGCGUACCUCUCCCUGACGACGCCGGGAAGAGACGGCGAACUCCGGCGAGGCCUCGUCGGCGCCAACUACGCCUCCAGCGGAUCCGGCAUCCUCGACUUCAUUGGGAACGGCACAAUCAGCCUUGGAGAGCAGGUCAAGCUCUUCACCAAAACAAAGGAGGCAAUGAUCACCGCCGGCGAGGUCGACGGUGAGAACAUCGACAACUUGCUCUCCCAGUCCUUGUUCAUUACCUGCACCGGCGGCAACGACUACAAUGCCUUCACUGAUGGCAUCGUCCCCGUCAGCGACGCGCCGGCCUUCAUCGCCCACAUGGUUGCCACUUACAUCAAGCAUAUCAAGACACUGUACAAUCUAGGGGCUCGGAGGCUGGGGAUACUUGACGUGCUACCUCUAGGGUGUCUACCGAUCUCCAGGGUCCCCAUUGAAAAUGGUUCAUGCAGUGGCACUGACAACUGGCAGGCACGGCUCUUCAACCGUCUCCUCCGACGAGAGAUGACCGCCGCCGCCACAGCCUCCAUGCCGGACUUGGUGUACUCCAUCGGCAGCAUUUACUACACCUUCUACGACAUGAUAAAGAAUCCAUCUUCGGCUGGGGUGAGGGAGGUGGCGAGGGCGUGCUGCGGAGACGGCAAGCUGAACGCGGAGGCCGACUGCUCGGCGACCACCCACCUGUGCCCGGACCGGGACAACUACAUCUUCUGGGACAAGGUGCACGGCACCCAGGCCGCCUACCACAACUGCGUCCACGCCUUCUUCCACGGCUCGCCGCGCUACGCCGAGCCCAUCAGCUUCACCCAGCUGGUCGCCUCGCCGGCCGUCGAUCUGGGGCGGCCGUCCCCGGGCACAAACCGGACGGCCAGGAUUUGAUCACCCAAUGGACUCAUAUUGGUAUAAGCAUUGUUCAUUGGUAAACAAUGAAAAUCGCUGGGUUUCCUUUGGUUUUGGGAGUCAGGAGAUGGAGAUGUUGAAUUGGGGUUGAUGAUGGUAUAUAUGUGCAUAAUUGAAGUGUGGUGAUACCUCACGGUACAUCCUAAGGACCACAGAUUCUCAGAUAAGACAUUGUACAAGUUUUUGUGUUUUUUUCCUGAAUAAUUCCUCCUAUGCUAUAGAGCACUUGUUGUCAUGCCUGGAAAUUAAGCAGUGUCUAGUUGAUCACUGCAGGAAGAAAGAAAUGCUUGACUAGAGAAGAAGAAAAAAAACAUAUUGACCUAUCUCAGCAGCACCUCUGAAUUAUGGACUACAAGAUCUUGGAUAAAGGCAUUAUACAAACAGCCUUUUUUUUUC